CCAUGAGCCAGGUCCAAGGUUUUCUGGGUAAUAUUAAAUAUUGACUUUUAACACACUGGUAGAAACACACUAUAAUAGUAAUCUUGAAUCCUGAACUGGAAGAAAAGGAAAAGACAACCAGGAAAGAGCAGUCGGAGGACAUCUUCAGUAAUACGGACAAGAUGGAUGUCAUUCCUCGACCAGAACUGUUUGAUUUCCACGGAGUCUGCAUGACUCACUAUUUCACAGACAACUGGGAGAAGGUUCAAAACUUCCAGGCCAGGCCAGAUGAUAUACUCAUUGAUUCCUACCCUAAAGCAGGAAGCACCUGGGUCUCCUACAUCCUUGACCUGCUGUGUUAUGAUCAGACAUCCAUCCCUUUGUUUAAAAGGGUGCCACACUUGGAGAUCGCCAUCCCUUCUCUGCAGCUAGGAUUGGAUUCUUCUCAAGUCAUCAAAGGAACAGAAAUGGCGGACAACUUCUCCAUCUUUCCUCGACUCAUUAGGACUCAUCUUCCAGUCCAGCUUCUGCCAAAGUCCUUUUGGGAGCAAAACUGCAAGAUAAUCUACGUGGCCCGCAAUGCAAAGGACAGUGCGGUGUCUUAUUUCCAUUACGACCACAUGACCAAAAUCCAACCGGAGCCUGGAAACUGGAGCAGCUACCUCCAGAGAUUCAUGGAGGGAAAGAUGGCGUUUGGAUCCUGGUACGACCAUGUGAACGGCUGGUGGGAGAAGAAACAGAGUUAUCCAAAACUCCAUUACAUGUUCUACGAAGAUCUGAUUGAGGAUACUGGGCGGGAAAUAGACAAACUCUGCUGCUUUCUUGGUUUGUCUCCUUCAGCUGAGGAGAAGGAAAGAAUUACAGGCAGUGUGCAGUUUAAUGUUAUGAAAAAGAACAACAUGGUCAACCAUUCAACGGUUCCAUUGAUGGAUUUCAAAAAGUCUUCCUUCAUAAGGAAAGGGAAGGUUGGUGACUGGAGGAACCUUUUCACCGUGGCGCAGGAUGAAAAGUUUGAUGCGGACUACAAGCAAAAAAUGAAGAAUCCUUCACUGCAGUUUUGUACUGAAGUUUAGAGGCUGUGCAUGUCCUGAACUGUGAUUCCUUUGAUAAUGGUGAUGUCAGAAGUUAAAUUUGAUUGACAAAGAGAGUGUGAGAGAAUACUUAUUGUGAUGUUGACUUAUGUCAUAUGUUAAAGCCUUGUUAAAUCUCCUUCUAUUGUGUUUGGAAAUCAGCAAUAUAUCACUCAUAUGUGGAAAUGAUAUGGAUAGAACUGUAUUAAAUUUACAUUUGUGUUGUGUAUACAGGGGUGCAGUGAGGAGGUGGCUUCUGGGACACCAAGCCCGAAUGUUUUUCAAAAGCCUGGAGUCUUUUAUGGUUUUAUAAUU